ACCAACCACCCACUGACGACAUGGCUUCAAAGGUUAUCAUUUUCGUGGUGACACUGUCGCUGGCCAACGCUGGAUACCUGGGAGCUCCGGCAGUACUCGCUCCAGCAGCCCCCAUCGCCAGGGCGUACGCCCCCGCCAUAGCUGCCGCCCCCAUUGCUGCUGUCCCCAUCGCCAGGGCGUACGCCCCCGCCAUCGCUGCCGCCCCCAUUGUUGCUGCUCCCAUCGCCAGGGCCUAUGCGCCAGCUAUUGCCGCCGCUCCAGCCGCGGUCGCCGCGGAGUACGACCCACACCCCGAGUACAGCUUCAGCUACAGUGUAAACGACGCCAUCACUGGAGACUCCAAGGCCCAGCACGAGACCCGCAGCGGUGACGUCGUCCAGGGCAGCUACAGCCUGGCCGAACCCGACGGUUCCAUCCGCACCGUCGACUACACGGCUGACCCCGUCAACGGCUUCAACGCCGUCGUGCACAAGGAAGCCGGCGCCCACCCUGCCGUGGCCGCCGCUCCCGCCCCCGUGGCGCUCGCCGCCCCCGCUAUCGCCGCCGCCCCCGCUAUUGCCGCCGCCCCUGCCCUGGCCUAUGGCGCCGGGCUUGGCUACGGCUACGCCGCGGCCGCUCCCAUCGCUGCGGCGGCCAUUGCUGCACCCGCCAUUGCUGCAGCCCCCAUAGCCAGGGCAGCUAUUGCUGCGCCAGCUCUCGCCUACGGUGGAUACGGCUAUGGCAGUCUGGGAUACACUAAAGCCAUAUUUGGCUAAACUGCACCUCACCAAAUUUGCGCCGAAUAAUUCAUGAAAGUUUCCAUUGAUCAUAUGUCCAUUCUUACAUGUAAAUAAACCAUUUUCUAUUCA